AGUUGUUUGGCCGGGCAAAUGAAGUUGGGCCGUUCAGUAUUCCGUUCAUGAUCACACGACCGUCGACGAGGCCGCAGUCUCUGCUGCGAGCCAUCGUCAAACAAAGUUCUGUUCUUCCCCGAACUCAGCGUCGAUGCAAACAUACUCCUCCGGUAUGGGCGGAUGCAAAGAAGCAGGAGAGGUUCGCCGAGAACGGCGUUCCGGGCUUUCUCUCAGCCAACACCUUUCAAGAAACGUACACGAAAUAUGCUCAACACCUAUGUGACAAGUUGACGGAAUAUACCCAAGGAACACCGGAUGAACAUACUCAGACUAGAACCCUUCAUUGGCAGAACGCCCACCGAGCCGAUCGAGCAGCCCUCUACAACCAUGCAGCCAUGGCAGACCACACCCUCUUCUUUUGGGAAGCCCUGACAGACAGUCAGGAUCCCGUCGAGCGACGUCCAGGAGUGCAGACGGCCAAAAACAUAGAGUCGGACUUUGGAUCUCUGGAGAACCUGCGCUCCGAGUUCCUCGAGAUUGCAGACGCCAUGUUCGGAAACGGGUUCGUCUGGCUGAUGAAGCCGACAUCGUUCGGUGGUAUGACGAUCCUCGCCACGUACAACGCCGGCAGCCCGUGGCCUCAGGCGGCGCCACGAAGGGACACGCAAGACAUGGCCAACUUCAACGGCCGAGAGGUCGCGGAUCAACUCAAGAAUGCAGCCCGCGUGGUCGACGGGUCGAGAACGGCCGGCCACAGUGGCCGCUUCAGCAUGUACCAGUCGAACAAAUUUGUCGGCGCGCUCAACGCCACACCCAUUCUCUGCGCCAAUGUCUGGCAACACCAGUGGAUUCCGGAUUACGGGAUGCUUGGGAAGCGAGCUUACCUGACCGCGUGGUGGGACAGCAUUGAUUGGCAAAAGGUCGAAGAACGACUGGUCCAUGCCGAGACUGAAAAUUACUAUGGUGGCAGACGCACGAAGAACAUUGCAAGCAUCGAGGCUGUCGGAAGAGGCAUGGGCGAUAUCUAAUAAAAUCUCGCGACAUGUGCACCUCUGUCCGACCUCCGAUUUGUUCAGAAUUCCAUUCUACGGAUGUUUUUCCACAAAGUGAACAUGAAUUGUAGAACAUUUUGGAUGGUGUAUUAAUACUGUCAAGAUUAUGUAGACCAAAUCACACACAUAUCAGUGGCA